AUGAUUCGUGGGGACACCGGAGGAAGGUUCACAGAACUUGCCCCAAUAUCGUUAGAUGAACCUCUUUGUGAUUCAUUUGAAAGAUAUGGCACACGUGAACCUUACAACUCUGGCUUCUCAAAAGCGGAGUCCAAUCCAUUUAACAGUGGUUAUGGUAAUUAUGAGGGAGGAUAUCAUGAUGACUUCACAACCACCUGGGCUGAUGACGAGUCCUCAAGCUGGGACUCGUCCUAUUAUAGACCCGGCAUGAGGUCGUCAGUUUCAGACAGCAGCAGAGGCAGCGUUUACUCCUCUUUCUCUGACCUCUCCACCACCACCUCUUCCUUUGCCACAUCAGACCCAAAGCCUGCUCCUGUUGGCUCCCGUGGCCGUGUGAUUCCCUCAUAUUUUCAGAACCACUAUGGAGGCAGAGGCACUGAGUCGGCAGCGCCUGGUAUGUUUGGGAGACCUAGUCCUUUGGUGCACUUAGACUACCAGCACGCAAGCCCAAACUUUCCAGUCUUCCGAACGAUGAAGAGAAAGAUGAUAGCACCAGUUCGUCCGACUAUACUUGCGAAAAAACAAAGAACCAUCAGAAUGGGUCCAGAUAUUAGCAUCGGUGUGGCAAAACAGAAGAAACUGGAGGCGAGGAGAGAGAAGCAGAGGCGAAGACGGGAGAAAAACAAUGAGAAGUACGGAGAUAUGUACAGACUGGCUUUCACAUGUACAUUUUGCAAAUUUCGUACUUUUGAAGACAAAGAUAUUGAAAAACACUUUGGAAGCACAUCUCACAAAGAAACGCUUGAUCACAUACGGAAGCAAGCCAAGUUUGAUGACCGGAUGAUUAGCUUUUUACAUGAUUCCAUGGUUCACAAGUUUCGAAAAGCUAUGUAUCGUAAACAGCAUGGACCUCCAGAACACCAUAUAGACGAAGGCCAGAAAGUUAUGGAAGGGGUGACAGAGGAUGACUACAUGAGGAAGAUGGAGGUUGUUCACUGUAUGUCUUGUGACACACACAUCCCAGCUAUCUUUGGCCCUGUCCAACAGCACCUCAAUUCAGAGACACAUCUCAAGAACAAAGUGUUGUUCAAGGAGCAGAUGAAGAGAGACAGUGUGCUGACAGCUAACAGCAUCAUAAACAGCCCAGAUGUCAAAGCUCGCUAUGAGAAAUACAUCAAGGGAGAAGACCCGUUUGCUAAAGAAGAGAUGCUUACUCCAGCUCAGGAGUCAGAGGGAGCUAUGGUAGAGACUGACAAUGACCAAACAAAGAGUGAAAAUUUUGAAGAACAACCAAGAGCAGAUUUACCCUAG